AGCAGCAGCAGCAGCCCGGGGAGCGGCGGCAGCGGCGGCAGCAGCAGCAGCAGCGGCGGCAGCGGCGGCGAGGAUCGGAGCCCCGAGCCCUGCCCGGGCCGCCGGCCGCCUCCCCCCCGAGGGCCCGGCUCCCGCUGCUGCAGUGGCAGCAGCAGGAGCGGCAGCAGCAGCAGCAGCUCCGGGGCUAGCGAAGCCCGGCUCCCCGCCGCCCUCCCCGCACCCGGCCAUGCCCAGCUCCAUCUACCAGCCAGAGGGAGGGGAGGCGGCGGCGGCGGCGGCGGCGGCGGGACCGCCCCACGGCGGCGGCCUGGGGAUGCUGAGCCCCGGCCCCGGACAGCAGCAGCAGCAGCAGCAGCCCCCCGCACCCCCGCCGCCGCCCCCGCCCACCCCGCCGCCGCCUCCGCCGCCCCCGCUCCAGGACCAAGGCGCAGAGGGGGCAGCCCCGCCGGAGCAGGAGGAGGCGGCCGCCGCCGCCCUGAGGUUCGCCCUGGACCAGCUCUCCAUCUUGGGCUUGGAAGAAGAGGAGGACGACGAGGAAGAGGAAGAGGAGGAAGAAGGCGGGGUGAACGGCGAGGCCUGCGCCGAGGAGGAAGAAGAGGAGGAGGAGGACGAUGAGGAGGAAGAAGACGAGACGGCCGACGGCGCCCUGGAAGAUCUGGACCCCGCUACCGGGCCCGGGCUGGACGCCCCUGGAGGGGUGGCCGUCGGGGCGGGGAGCGUGCUGGGAGCCCUCCAGAUGCUGGACACAGACGUGAGCCCCCCGGCCUCCAACACCACCUCCCCACCAGAUGUGUUCAGCAACUUCCACCACCACCCUCACCUGAGCCACCACUCCAUCCUGGCCGAGCAGAUGAGUGUGAUCGGCAGCCGGAAGAAGAGUGUCAACAUGACCGAGUGUGUCCCCGUGCCCAGCUCAGAGCACGUCGCCGAGAUUGUGGGGAGACAAGGAUGCAAGAUCAAGGCCCUUCGAGCCAAAACCAACACCUAUAUCAAGACUCCCGUUCGGGGUGAGGAGCCAAUCUUCAUCGUGACUGGGCGCAAAGAGGAUGUGGAGAUGGCGAAGAGGGAGAUCCUGUCGGCCGCUGAACAUUUCUCCAUGAUCCGGGCCACACGCAACAAGGUCAAUGGCCUGACGGGGGCUGUGCAGGGGCCUCCCAACCUCCCCGGGCAGACCACCAUCCAGGUCCGCGUCCCCUACCGAGUGGUGGGGCUGGUGGUGGGGCCCAAGGGCGCCACCAUCAAGCGGAUCCAGCAGCAAACCCACACGUACAUCGUGACCCCCAGCCGGGACAAAGAGCCUGUGUUUGAGGUGACGGGCAUGCCUGAGAAUGUGGACCGAGCUCGGGAGGAGAUUGAGGCUCACAUCACCAUGCGCACAGGCUCCUUCAUCGAUGCUGGUGCUGAGAAUGACUUUCACUCCAAUGGCACUGAUGUCUGCCUCGACCUGCUGGGUGGUCCCGCGGGGCUCUGGGCCAAGGCGCCCAACCCCGCCCGGCGGCCCUCGGCCGGCCUGCGUGCAGACAGCCUGGCCCCCGCGGAGGCCUUCUACGGCAGCCGGGCCCCUGCGGCCGAGGCCAGUCCCACCAGUCCCUAUGGCCCGGGCCCUGGCCCCGGGGGUGGAGGCGGCUUCAGCUUUGGGGGCGAUAGUCAGUCUGCUGCCCCGCCCGCCCCUCCCCUGGGCUCCGAGGACUGUGACUUUGGCUUCGACUUUUUGGCCCUCGACCUGACUACCCCAGCUACCAUCUGGUCGCCCUUUGAACGCACCAACCCCCUGCAGGCCUUCGGCGGCUGUCCUUCGGUCCCCGGCUGCCCCCAGCGGAGGAACAGCGGGCUCAGCGGUGCCGCCACCCCGCGCCACUCACCCACGCUGCCUGAGCCGGGCGGCAUCAGCCUCGAGCACCCGCUGGCCCGGCGCAUCCCCAGCGAGCCUGUCAGUGCCCUCUCCUGGCUCCCGGGGCCCCAGGGCUCUCUGUCGUCCUUCUCCAACAGCACGGGCUAUUCCUCGUCUUCGUCGUCCUCCCUACCGGGCAGCGUGUCAGCAGCCUCGGGCUCCCCUACAGACUCCAGCAGCUCUGAGGGUGCCCGCAAGGCCUCCCGGGACUGCAUGGUGUGCUACGAGAGCGAAGUCAUCGCCGCUCUAGUCCCCUGCGGCCACAACCUCUUCUGCAUGGAGUGCGCUGUCCGGAUCUGCGGAAAGGCUGAGCCCGAGUGCCCGGCCUGCCAUGCCCCAGCCACCCAGGCCAUUCAUAUCUUUUCCUAGCUGCCCCUGCCCUUCAGCGGGGAGGGGGGAGGGGGGAGCAGGGCCCAGCGUGGAUGCGAGGAGGAAGGGGGACCUCCCUGCCUCCCACUCCUCCUCCUCCUCCUCCUCCCCUACCCCCCCAAGCACCCCUUUUUAAGACCCACUUUCCACUCCGACCUUUUUAUUUAAAACAAUGACUCCCAGGGGGAGGAGGAGGAGGGAUGGGGGA